UAAGGGUGAGUAACACCUGCUGCUCUGUCACUUCAGAAAGGGGAGCACUGUUAACACCAGACAGACAUGGCUGCAACCACCGCUCAGCCCAUGGGGACUCUGCCCAGCGGAGUUGGGAUAUGCACGACAUUCCCAGAUCUAUUUUACCUGCCGGAGCUGGUGUUUGGUGGUUUGGUGUGGAUCCUGGUGGCGUCGACACACGUUGAUCCGCCGAACCCUUUGGGCUGGGUGAUGUUCGUCUCUGUCUUCUGCUUCGUCAUGACCUUCCUCUGUAUGGUCAUCUUCAGUUCAGGGGCUCAUAAGAACAGCUCAGGCUGGGCUGCUGUUGACGUUGCUUAUCAUGCCUUAGCAGCGUUCUUCUACCUCAGUGCAGGAGUGGCCCUGGCUUAUAUCACUGUGUUACAAGGUUCAUUUCAGAACCUAAAAAUCCACAGGAUUGACAUCGCAGCUGUGGUCUUCGCCUUCGUGGCCACUCUCUUCUACUUCAUUCACACCAUCCUCUCUGCCAUCCGAUGGAAAAACUUCUGAGGGGUGACUCUGGAUCACAGACACACAUCUCCAAGAACAUUGCUCAUUACUGUGCACGUUGGAAUUACUCACAAGCGAAAGUGACCUCAUCAGUUAUGGAAUGCAGGAUUCUGAAUCAUGUAUUAAUAUUUAGUAAAAAAAAUUAAGGUGUGGAUUCAAAGUUAAAGCAGUGUAAUGAAAGCAAAUGAAGACUUGUUGCCAUUGAUCAAACACAUAAAGGUAUAAGGUUUGUUGCUCAAAAGCUCAGUAAAAUAUAUGUUUGUGGUCACAUGUCAGAACCAUGCAGCGUGAUGUACACAGGACUAUUAGUCUGGUGAUAUUCUAGGGAUCACUGAUAUGUAAUAAUACCUCUUGUUUUGCUUUUUCAGUAUGUUGAGCCUUUAGCAAAUAUGUAUUUUUACAAAAUCUAUACCUAUGCAUAUACAAGUAAACAUUGUUUUUGAUGCAACUGUAGAAUUUAUUUUAAAAAGCCCACCAAUAUACACAGAGAAGCUUUUGAUUGAUUGCUACAAGCUAUAAAAUAUCUGUCACAAACUCAUUUCAUUACUAAAUUUCUGUCAAGACAGACAGUAAAUAUGCCAGUUUAUCUUCUGUACUCCUGCUCCCCCUCCUUUUUGUACACAAUUAAACAGAAUAAAGACAUUAACAUGA